GAGGGCGAUCCUGAGGAGGGGCAGGAUGCCGCCGGCGGUGGGCAGAGGCCCGGCAGGGUCCGAGCUGCGCCCCCGGCGGGGCCGCUGUGGGCCCCAGCUUACUAGGGCUGUGGGCCCGGACGUGGCCGCCGAGCUUACAGCGCGGAGCCCCAAACGGCCUGCUCGGGGCUCGCGGCGCUUCGAGGCAGCCGGCCGGUGGGCCCUGCUGGCCCUGGUGACGCUGCUGUCCUUCGCCACCCGCUUCCACCGUCUGGACGAGCCGCCACACAUCUGUUGGGAUGAGACUCACUUUGGAAAGAUGGGAAGCUAUUAUAUCAACCGCACCUUUUUCUUCGAUGUGCACCCACCUCUGGGAAAGAUGCUGAUAGGUCUUGCUGGCUACCUGAGUGGGUAUGACGGGACUUUUUUGUUCCAGAAGCCUGGGGACAAAUAUGAACAUCACAACUACAUGGGAAUGAGAGGAUUCUGUGCUUUCCUCGGUUCCUUGCUGGUUCCCUUUGCCUACCUCACUGUAUUGGAGCUGUCCAAGUCCCUCCCCGCAGCACUGCUCACCGCUGCCCUCCUCACUUUUGAUACAGGAUGCCUUACUCUGUCCCAGUAUAUCCUCCUUGAUCCAAUCUUGAUGUUCUUCAUCAUGGCUGCCAUGCUGAGCAUGGUCAAGUACAACUCCUGUGCCGACAGGCCCUUCUCUGCCCCCUGGUGGUUCUGGCUCAGCCUGACUGGCAUUAAUCUGGCUGGUGCUUUAGGGGUCAAGUUUGUUGGCCUCUUUAUCAUCCUGCAAGUGGGGUGGAACACCAUUUCAGACCUUUGGCACCUGUUUGGAGACCUCAGUCUUUCAGUGGUGACUGUGGGGAAACACCUGACUGCUCGCAUCCUGUGCCUCAUAGUGUUGCCGCUGACUCUCUACACGGCCACUUAUGCUGUUCACUUCAUGGUGCUGAACAAAAGUGGUCCUGGCGAUGGCUUCUUCAGUUCUGCCUUCCAGGCCCGGCUUUCAGGCAACAACCUUCACAAUGCUUCCAUCCCCGAACAUCUGGCCUAUGGCUCCGUGAUCACCGUGAAGAACCUGCGGAUGGCCAUCGGCUAUCUCCACUCCCACAGGCACCUCUACCCCGAGGGCGUCGGUGCCCGCCAGCAGCAGGUCACCACCUAUCUGCACAAGGACUACAACAACCUGUGGAUUAUCAAGAAACAUAACACAAACGCAGAUCCCCUGGACCCUUCAUUCCCAGUAGAGUUUGUAAGACAUGGAGACAUCAUUCGGCUAGAACACAAAGAGACUUCUCGGAACCUGCACAGUCACUAUCAUGAGGCCCCCCUGACCAGGAAGCACUAUCAGGUCACUGGCUAUGGCAUAAAUGGGACAGGAGAUUCAAAUGAUUUCUGGCGGAUUGAGGUUGUAAACAGAAAAUUUGGAAACCGGAUCAAAGUGCUGAGAAGUCGCAUUCGCCUCAUCCAUCUGGUCACAGGUUGUGUCCUGGGCUCCUCAGGAAAGGUCUUGCCCAAGUGGGGCUGGGAACAGUUGGAAGUUACUUGCACCCCAUACCUAAAGGAAACCCUCAACUCUAUCUGGAAUGUGGAGGACCAUAUCAAUCCCAAAUUGCCAAACAUCAGCCUGGACGUGCUGCAGCCCACUUUUCCUGAGAUCUUGCUGGAGUCCCACAUGGUGAUGAUCCGGGGGAACAAUGGCCUCAAACCCAAGGACAAUGAGUUCACAUCCAAACCCUGGCACUGGCCUAUCAACUAUCAGGGCCUGCGCUUCUCAGGGAUCAAUGACACAGACUUCCGCGUGUAUCUGCUCGGCAACCCGGUGGUUUGGUGGCUGAAUCUGUUGAGCAUUGCCCUCUACCUCCUCUUGGGGAGCAUCAUGGCUGUAGCUGUGCAGAGAGGGGCACGCCUGCCUGCAGAGGUUGAAGGGCUGUCCCAGGUCCUGCUGCAAGGAGGCGGUCAGCUCCUGCUCGGCUGGAUGCUCCAUUACUUCCCAUUCUUCCUGAUGGGCCGGAUCCUCUACUUCCACCACUACUUCCCAGCCAUGCUCUUCUCCAGCAUGUUGACAGGGAUUCUGUGGGAUACUCUCCUGCAGCUCUGUGCCUGGAGUCUGGCCUCCUCUUCCCUGGCCAGGGGCAUAUAUGCGGUGGGACUCCUGAGCCUGCUCCUGGGAACUGCCUACAGCUUCUACCUCUUCCACCCUCUGGCUUAUGGGAUGGUCGGUCCCCUAGCCCAGGACCCCCGAAGUCCCAUGGCAGGACUAAGGUGGCUUGAAUCAUGGGACUUCUGAGGCUACUGCUACUCCAGCCAGAAUCCAGGAACUUUCUGGGGACAGCCAGCUGUGCAGCCAGACCCUCCCAGCUGUGGGCAAAGCUGCCCGAGGAGCCUGAGGAAUUCUGCUGCCUGCCAGGACCAAGCUCUGGGAGCAUACCUGGAAUUUAGCCCAGCACUAGGGAGAGCCGCAGCGCUGUCUGCAGAGAUCCCACCGCUGGGAAUGGCUCAGCAACAGCGGACAUCUCUCAGGCCCGUUUCCCCGAGUGUGCAACAUAGGAUGAGUGUGUGAGAGAGUGGGCGUGAGUGUGUGGGAGUGGGAGGGUUCGUUUGUCCAUACACCUGUGGAAUAUAGACCGUGACUGUGGACAGCUGAGUGUCAUAAACUGUAAGAAAUAGUCCAGGGCUAUAGUAGUAUUUUCUGGUAUUUCUUUCACACUGGAUUUGGCUUGAAAGCAAGAGCCAUCAAAAAUUCUCUGACCUCCAAUAAGGCUGAGCUCACUGGCCCCACUUUGGGAUAUCACCAAGGGCGGAGCAGAUGGGGCCAUCAAAGCUGUGCGGGCCUUCUCCCCACAAACAAAUAGAGCUGAGCGCCCCUGAGCUGGAGGGCCUCCCAGCUGCUUCCCGGUGUGGGGAGGAGGGCAGCUGCUGGGAGGUCUCUGGGGCAGCAGGUGGCUGCACUCCCUGCAGUGUGCACAGAGGACGGGGCUCUGGAGUGAGGCAGCCGAGCACUCACCAGCCCUCGGUUCCUUGCUCUCUGA